CACAGACCACCACUGCCGAAGGAGCGGCGGGAUCAUCAUGACAGGAACGAUUCGCGAAGGCGUGGAGAUUAGCCUGAAUGAGCACCGGUUCCUGACGUACAAGCUGCUGGAAUCGCUCUCCCACACCAGCGCCAAUGUGAACCCCGCGAUGCUGCGCUCCACGAACGACUACUUUGACAUGGUCGUGGCCAAGGACAAGCAGCUCCUUCGCACUGUCAAGCAGCUGAACCAGCACCAAACCGCACAAAAGGAGCUGGAUGCCCUCAAAGCACAGAUUGCCGACAAGGAACAAAAGAUCGUCCGCUACGCCAAGGAACUACGAUCCGGCCAGCAGUCCAUCGCGAGCGUCUUGGCCAAACACCGACGGACGUUGACUCAGUGCGCGCAGGACGCGGCAUCGAAAGUGGUGCUGGAUCCAUUGGACAUCGUCGCCUAUGCGCACAAGAUCGCCGGUUCAACCAGCGCACCGCCCAAUUGGCAGCCAGAGUACCCAAUGUUUGGCUUUGUCCCGCCGGCGCCGACGCCAGAGAUGAUGCGCGCUGGCGUACUCAGUCGCGGCAGUACGUCUCGUGCUACCUAUUUCGCCGUUGUGCUGGUUCCUUCAACAUCAUUCAAUCCUGAUAUAUAUUUAUAUAUAUUGUCGGAUAUUCUAGUUAUUGAAGCCACUGUGACAAAAGAAUCCAGUUAUGAGGCGUUCAAGAAGGGUCAACAGGCCGACCUCGCCAGUCCACUGGUCGAAGGCGGCGUUGGCGGCGCGAUUUCGUAUGCAAGUUUGGGUGGCGGUGCCGCUGACAACGGGUUAAUACCUGGCUGGAAGGAAGGGGAAGUGGAACUAUCAGUGGAAGCGUUAGUGAAAUUGCGUGGCCUCAGUGUCUUUGCGGAGUACGACGUGGCGCUGCCAGGACACUUGCGACCUACCGACCCCAUUCCCGCCGACGCUUUGGAAGCAUUGCGGGUUAAAGUGGAGGCGCAACGGAAGCGCAAAGCUGAGCAUGCCGCGGCUAACAACGGUCCAGAUGCAAAGAAAUUCAAGCAAGGAGACGCUGAGAGCAGCUCGAGCUCGAGCGACAACGGGGCCUCGUCCGACGAAGAGAGCGAGGAAAGCGAAGCGGAAAAGGUCCAAACUAUUCGAUGGUCGCUGUCGGACGAUGAAGACAGCGACGACUAAAUCAGCUCUAGCUCUUGCCGAGAACUUGCAACUAGUUAGUAUACAUACAGAUGGCCAAAUUAAGAGUAGUAGGAUCGGUGAACGAGCCAAUUAAAUUGCAGGAAACCAUACUCAACAUCGAACUAGAGUGCGAAACCUAAAUUCGUGUCAAUACAAUCACCACCAGACAACA